AUGCCAGAGCCGCCGGGUGCGAGUUCGGCUGGGUGCGUUCUCGGCCGGGUGCGAAUUUUUCUGCCUCUGGAGGAGGCAGGGCCGGAGGCGGGAGAAUGCAUGAGUCGCUGGGUGCCAGUUCGCCCUUUCCCGAGUGGCCCCGCCCGCGCCAGCAACCCCAGGAGCCCGUCCUUGCCUCCGCGCAUCCUUCGCCGCGCCCACCCUCACACGCACAGUGCCAGGCUGGUUACCACGAAAGCCCACAGCAGUGGGAGGAGGAGGUGCCUCUGCGCGAAGGAGACGCCAGCAGAGCUGAUCAGAUCCAGGUGGUCAUUGGAGGAGACGUUUGCGAAGAAGAGGGCGACGUAG